AUGUUAUUAAUUAUACUACUAUCAAUUAAUGCAUUUGCAUAUGUGCAUAAACAGGAGUAGCACUUGAUGGACUUGUAUAACAAGAUGAAUGGGAUAAAGGAAUUCCUAUCCUAAUUGGAAUACUAUACAGCUUUGGAGAAGUUGGAGAUGAUAUAAAAGGGCAAUCUUGAAUUUGAAGCCGAAAGCCUUACAAUUUACAAGGAGCAUUAUCAAGAAUUUAUCAAAUCCUUCAAGUAGCAAUAGACAAGCAGCAAAAAUGAGAAAGAAGAGAUAAAAUAGUUUUUGAGGGAAACAUUUCCGGAAGUCAUAGAAAAGAUAAAACGAAUAAUUGCAGAUAAAGAAAAAUUAAUCGAAGGUGAUAUCAAAGAGCUGGCCAAGCUAAAACACUAAUAGCCAGAAGACAUAAGUAAAAGAUUCGAAGAGUUCAACUAUCUCCAUUAAAAGAUCUAGGAAGUAUUGGAAUCGAAUGACGAGUAAGACAUAUACAAGACAUUGGAGUUAUUGGAGUCAAAGAUUAUGAUAGGCUCUUUCAAAUAGAUGUAAAGUUAAGAGGUGGAUUUCUUUAUGAAGAGUGUUGACAAACUCUUCAGAGAAAAAUAAAAUCCAAAUAAGAAAUAAGAAUCUAUCCAAUUAGUUAGUUUAAUGCGAAGCAUAAUAUCUGAAUAUCUCAUCAAAAUGAUGAAUGAUUAACUUGAAUCUUCUUUUGAUUUAUUGGAUAAGGAACUCUUCUUUACCGAAUCCAAAAAUACUCAUGUCAACGCUAAGGAUUAAUACGUUGCUCUCUUGCGAAGAUUAGAAUAAUUGCACUUCACAGUUUGGAAAGAAGUGAUGGAAUUGCCAUAUGAUAAUUACCUAUUUGAAAUAGGUGAAAAAUAAUAUGAAUAAGCUACUCAAAUAGGCAAUAGAGCCAUAUCAUAUCACACUUAAAUGGAUGAGAUGAUAAAAGCGAUGUUAGAACGGUUUUUGUAAAGAUGAAAUUGGUUUCUAUGAAUAAUUAAAUUUAUGCAAUUAUUGAUUUGCAAUAAUAAAUUGGUUGUAUUA